AUGGAUCUCAAAGUGGUCUGUGUGCUCUCCGCCAUCCUCCUCGUAGCCCUCAGCACCUUGGCCGAGGGAGCUGCAGCACCAUCAAGAUGUCAGUGUAAACUGGCCCCCAGGGAGCGGAGGAACUGUGGCUACCCGGGAAUCUCAGCAAUGGAGUGCAGGAGAGCUGGGUGCUGCUUCAACGCCUCAGUCCCCGGCGUCCCCUGGUGCUUUGCUCCUAAACCAAGGAGAGUUAGGAAAGUUUGUCCCAGUGACUCUCACAUCCGGAUAAACUGCGGCUACCCUGGCAUCUCGGCUUUGGAGUGUGAAAGGAAGGGGUGCUGCUUCAGGUCACAUCCUGCUGGUGUCCCCUGGUGCUUCCACCGCCGCGUCGUGGAGGAAGUGCAGGUGCAGAGUUUCCUCAUGCAGGGUAUGAGUGGGAAAGGGGUGGCUAAACCCAAAAAGACCGGCUUCUUGGACCCACUGGGGUGGGUGGUGCUCACCCAUCUGAGCCAGGGACCUGUGAGCAAUGCACAGGAAAUUCAGCAGCUUAGCAACCUGCUGAUGAGAGAGCAGUCACCAACACUUCAGGAACGUGGCACUCGGCUCUCUCUGUUAGCUACACUUCACACCUGCAAGUGA